UACCAACUUCCGGUUUACAAAUGACCCUCUAACUUAAUAAUUAUAACCAUUAUGUGUAAUGAAUAUAUUACGCUUCUGAUUCAGGAAUUUAAUACUUUGAUUAAAAAAUAAUGAAUGAGAUGGCAGUUUUAUGGAAUUAUCGAAGUGUUGGUUUAAUGUAAAAUGUGUAGCGAAUUUAAUUUGCGUCAAUGCAAAUUAUCCCAUAGUUAGGGAAUGGGUUUAGAAUUGUGGGUAACCGGGGGGGAUCCCUGACCCGUGACGUCAUUCUUUCUAUCUUGAUGUACGUCCUCCUUCGUCUCCCACGUCUUGAAACUCGUGUUGUUGUUGUUUGUUUGUACUUUUGUUUGGCAACGGACAUACAUAACCCAUUCCCACAACCCCGAAGGUUUAUUACAGCGGACGAACUGGAAAAUACAGCGACUGUUUAGAACCCAGGUUUCACAUAGUCGUUUCUCGUGUUCUGUUGUCGGUGAGGUCCGUGCUCCAAGAGUCAUAAUAAUAAUGGGAAAGCACGAUUUUCUUACACCAAAAGCUAUUGCCAAUAGGAUAAAGUCGAAAGGUCUUCAGAAACUACGAUGGUAUUGCCAGAUGUGUCAGAAACAAUGUCGAGACGAGAAUGGAUUUAAAUGCCAUACUAUGUCAGAGUCGCAUCAAAGGCAACUGUUACUUUUUGCUGAAGAUCCAGAACAGUACUUAGAUGCUUAUUCAGAUGAGUAUUUGAGUGAUUUUAUUGAAUUGUUGAGGAGAAGAUUUGGUACAAGAAGAGUACAUAGCAAUGUGGUUUACAAUGAAUACAUUCAAGACAAAGAGCAUAUACACAUGAAUUCAACUAAAUGGGAAACACUCACAGAAUUUGUCAAAUGGCUUGGAAGGGAAGGUUAUGCUACCGUGGACCAGACAGAAAAAGGAUGGUUUAUCACCUAUAUUGACAGAGACCCAGAGACCAUCAGCAGACAAGAAGCCUUAGCUAAGAAGCAGAAGAUGCAGUUGGAUGAUGAAGAAAAAAUCCAAAAGUUCAUCCAAAAACAAAUUGAAAAGGUCAAAGAAAAGAGCAGUCAAAAGGAAGAAAACGUUUUCACUGAACUACAGAGAGAAGAUGCCGAAGAAAAAAUUAGGUUUUCCCUUGGGGGUAAGGCGCCGUCCACAUCUACUGGUGAUGGAGAGUGUUCUGAGGAAGCAAGCAGCAGUAAAACAGUUAUAGAAAAGAAACCAGCUGUAAAACCAAAGAUUGUACCCACUGUUAAUCCAUUGAAAAUUGCAGGAAUGAAAAAGAAAGAAAGCUCAUCAUCAAAGGACAGAAAAAGAAAAUCUGCAUUAGAUGAAAUAAUGCAGGAAGAAUCCAUGAAGAAGGCUAAAGUGAAACGAUAUGACAAUUGGUUAACAGAAGGCAUUGUUGUCAAAGUAAUUACAAAAAAACUUGGUGAGAAAUAUUUCAAAAAAAAGGCUGUCAUUUUGGAAGUUAGAGAUAAGUACACAGCUGUAGUGAAAAUGAACGACUCUGGUAAGAAAUUGAAACUUGAUCAGACCCAUCUAGAGACUGUCAUUCCAGCACAGGGGAAGUGCAUUAAAGUAUUAAAUGGGGAACACAGAGGAAGUAAAGCUGUGCUGCUGGCACUGAAUCAGAAGAGCUUUUCUGUAACAAUUAAAUUAGAGUCGGGACCCUACAAAGGCAGGACUGUUGAAAGCAUACAGUAUGAAGAUAUCAGUAAAACAGCUGACCAAUAAACAGAAAUAUAUUCCUACAGUAAUCUCUCCUACGACUUUACCUAUGUUAUUACAUGUACUGGUUCUAUAAUAUUUCCUUAGACUGAAAAGCUAGUAUCUGUAGUGUUUUUUUUUAUUAUGUAUCAUAAGAUGCAACAAAUAAAUAGAUGUUUUUACAAU